AUGUACUUUAUACACAGAAAGUCUACUCAGAACUGCAGUGAUAUAAAUGAACUAGCACAGGCAGUAAGUCAUCACCUUGUCAAAGCACAGGAUAGUUCUAUCAACUGGGAAAAGACUGUACAUGACAACUUGGAACUUCUCGCCCGCACACCCACAGAGACAUUAUGGCCCAGAGAUACGUUAUUCCGAUAUUUCCAGCUGAUGGAAGCCAUGCAGGAAAAUCUGCAGGAAAGACAGGAUCUAAUGGACCUUAUGUAUCAUGCAGUGUUGGAAGUGUUUGAUUCUUAAUAAUUGAUUACCCCAUGGUUGCAAGUGGUAACACUUGUUGUACAUGUUGAAAGAGGUGGGGGGCAAGGGUUAUUUUUGUUCAACGUAAUUGCAAUAUUUUUUUGUUCGUACUACGUAAAUUGAAAAAAUAAAUUCCGUAAUUCUGUAAUCAC